GCGAACGCGUCUGUUCGCCUCUGGAAACAUACCUGUCCUUUACCAAAUACAUUUUAUCUGGUAAACCGUGUAUACCACCUUAAAAAGCAUAUCAUCGACUGACAAGGUCUUUAAUAAACAUCAUAAACAUGUCUGAAUGGGAUUCCGUUACGAAAAUCGGCAAGCGUGCCGGUCCCGGUGCCCGUACCGUUGUUGCUAAGAGCCAAUCUCAGAUCAACGCUGCCCGUCGUGCCGGUGCCGUUGUGGCCACUGAAAAGAAAUAUGCUGUCGGCAACAAGUCUCAGGAUCCUGCUGGUCAACAUUUGACCAAGAUUGACCGUGAAAACGAGGUCAAGCCUCCUAGCACAACUGGCCGUUCUGUUGCUCAAGCCAUUCAAAAGGGAAGACAAGCCAAGGGCUGGGCCCAAAAGGAUCUUGCUCAACGCAUCAACGAGAAGCCCCAAGUCGUGAACGAGUAUGAGAAUGGACGCGCUAUCCCCAAUCAACAAAUUUUGACUAAGAUGGAGCGUGCAUUGGGUGUGAAGCUCCGUGGUCAAAACAUCGGUGCUCCCCUCGGUGGUCCUAAGAAGAAGUAAACUGUUUAGCGAGUGCUUUAUUGCACAAGGUAUUCAGCAUCCUCAGUUAUGAACGCGCGCCGUGAAUGUGACGUUUUUCGUUCUUGGUUCGACAGCAUUCUUUCAUUAGACAUAAUACGCGUCCUGUAAAAGCUCGUCUCAGACUUGUCAUAAGGAAGUGGUUCUCGCCUUUUGGAAAUUCUUGGCGUUCUUUCUUUCAAACGUCUUUUUGUUUCUUUCCUCUCCGCGUUUUUUUAUUUCCAAUUUUUUUUUUCUUUUUUUUUAACAAUCUUACACGAGUGUAGAUAGGCAAUGAGAAUUGUUCAUUCGUUUUGUUAUAUACGGUGUUACGC